AGCACCUAGCUACAAACUACAAUAGUUGCAAAUAACCAAUCGAAGUAAAAAGAACCUAUCAUCAUCCGAGCAAGAUCAAGCAAGAAAGUCAGAAAAAACGUGUCUCGUAUUAAUUAUUCAUACGUUGACGAGAAAAUUAAUGCACGUAUAAAAGCGUACAUUGGACAUAGCUAAAGAUUAUUCAAAAACUCACGCUCGACGAAGCACCAUCUCUAAGAAGUAGCAUCAAAGAAAAAGAACAGAUUGUCUUUUUGAUAACAACGAAGAAGUGAAACCGAUUUGAUAUAAAGUUGUGUGACAAUGCUAGAUACUCCCCCGAAGAAUGUAACCAUCAACAAGAUCUAUUACAAGAAGACCGCCGAUCCUGUAAGCGACAAGUGGGACGUGCCAAUCUCGACAACAGCCAAAAAUUGCAGAAACUACAUCAGAGAAAUCGUCGACAAUCUCAAUUUGGAACCGAAUCCCAACAAGAAAGUCAUAGCUUUGUCUAUCGGUGAUCCAACUGUUUAUGGAAAUUUGGUCCCGGCCAAAGAAACGACCGAUGCUCUUAUCGAGACUGUUCUCAAUGGAAAACAUAACGGGUACGGUGGUUCUUGUGGAUUGGAUUGUUCCAGAAAUGCCGUAGCCGAGUACUUGAGUUACGACGGAGUCGAAGUUCAAGCGGAAGACGUCAUCCUAUGCAGCGGAUGCUCUUCCUCCUUGGACCUCUGCAUCACCGUGUUAGCUGACGGUACCAGAGGUCAGAACAUAUUGGUCCCGAAACCGGGAUUCCCGAUUUACCGCACCCUCGCCGAGUCGAUGGGCGUCGAGGUGAGGCAUUACGAUUUGCUCCCCGAGGAGAAUUGGGAACUCGAUCUGGACGAUGUCGAAUCGAAGAUCGAUUCGAAGACCGCCGCGAUCGUGAUCAACAAUCCGUCGAAUCCGUGCGGAUCCGUUUACAGUGAGGAACAUCUCAGGAACGUGCUGCGUUUGGCGGAGAGGAACAAGAUUCCGAUAAUCGCUGACGAAAUUUACGAACGACUCGUUUUCCCCGGAAACAAAUUCGUCUCUGUGGCGUCGCUCGGCGCUAAAGUGCCGCUGCUGAUUUGCGGUGGUUUGGCUAAAAGAUUUCUGGUUCCGGGUUGGCGGUUGGGUUGGAUCGUGGUUCACGAUCCGGUCGGAGCUUUCGCGGCCGUUCGCAAAGGUUUAGUCUGCUUAAGCCAGAGGAUCAUUGGCAGCAACACUUUGGUGCAGGGAGCGAUGACGAAAAUUCUUUUAGAAACUCCGCAGAGUUUUCACGACGAACUAAUGAACACUCUCAUUGAAACGGCGAACAUCGCCUACGAAGAAAUUGGCAAGAUAAGAGGACUUAAGCCCUUCAUGCCUCAAGGAGCUAUGUACAUGAUGGUUCAAAUCAAGUCCGAAUGUUUCCCACAGUUCAACGAUGGCUUGGAGUUUGUAUCGAAGCUAAUGGAAGAAGAAUCAACAUUCUGUUUACCAGGAGAGGCAUUUGGAUUAGGCGGGUACAUGAGAAUCAUCAUCACUGUCCCAAAGGAAUUGAUGGUUGAGGCGUGCGAAAGGCUGGCAAACUUUUGCAAUAAAUAUUAUAAACCAAAACCGUGCCAACUACUACCUCCAGUUAGCAUCGAGUGAAAUGCAAUUUAAUUAAAUUUUAUAUUCUUUUGUAGUUAACACAUCUUGUCUGUGUUAUAUAUAUAUUAUUGUUAUAUUAAUAAAUAAAUAAAUA